GGUCCGGAGAACGACCGAGCAACUGCGUAUGGAUAAUCCAUAAAUUGCAGGAGGGAUGGGAAUCAUGGGUCAUGGGUCUGCUGCAUGCGCCCUAUCACUUCGAGAAGUGUUUAAUGUAGGUAAAUGUCGAGUGUUUUUCAGGUACGAACGAGCCCCACUGGCGAACAUGAUAUCCCAUCCUGGGCCUACAUUCUCUGCGGUCAAUUUACAGCUCGGUUUCGCUUUAGUGUUGUGAUCACUGCCAAGUGCAGAGUAGCGGCAGAUGCCCUCAAGCGCAGUUCUUCCGUGGAACCUACGGUGAGCUUAAGGCGUAAGCCUUGUGGUGGUCGGACUUGAUAUCGAUCUGUGUCGUUUUCUCGCAUCUUCGGAUCCGCGCUAGGCAAGCCACCACGCUCAUGAAUAUCGGUUGCAUUGCACCGUACGCG